ACACUUGGUUACGCGCUCGCCUUCCGUGGUUCUUCCUUGGUUGCCGCUGGAUUGUUGUGAUUGUGCGCAUCGCUGCCUGCUUGGUUCACGAUCGGACUCUACGUACACGUACAUUUCGGCAUACCUCGGGAUUUACGGCCGUCCGACGCUAAGGUGCAUCAGGAUACUUUAUAUGUGAGGUAAACCUGACUGACUUGGUAUUCUCCUUUACCGGUUCCUCCAUAUAAUUGGUGACCCCGCAUUUUUAUUCAACAUUUUGUGUAUAUUUUCUUUUUUAACUUACAAUGUCUGAUCACGCGCCUGCCAUUAAUGCGUCGGAACAUUCUCUUGGACUCGUUUUGCCUUCAUUUGACGUUUCUAACCCACGUGUUUGGUUUGUUCAAGUGGAAGCUGUUUUCCGUUUUCGUAAGAUUACAUCCCAGUCCACAAUGUUUUCAUAUGUGACUGCUCACUUACCGUCCAACAUCGCCUCUGAGGUCAUCGACAUUCUUGACCCUAUGCCCCUAGAGUCCCCUUAUGAUAAACUUAAGGCAGCUAUAUUAAAGCGCACUACAGCCUCAGACGAAUCACGCCUUCAGCAGUUACUCUCUGGUGUUGAACUUGGAGAUAGAACGCCAUCUCAGUUACUCCGACACAUGCGUUCCCUCGUCGGUUCUUCCGCACUGGAUGAUUCCGUUCUCCGCCAGUUGUGGAGUAAUUGUCUUCCUGCGAAUACCACGGCUAUUUUAGCUGUGCUUGCCGACGAUCUUCCGCUAGACAAACUGGCAGAAGCUGCCGAUAAGGUUCACGAACGCUUCAUUAGAACGUCGGUAUCACACGUCACAGAGACUAGCUCCGGCAGCCCCUCCAGAACCACGCUACUUGAUACAAUCAGCGAGAGGCUUUCUAACUUAGAGCUCACCUUGUCCCAUCUCAGACGCGACCGCGUUCCUUCGCGACGAUCCGUUUCUCGAUCCAGACGGUCUAGCAGCUCUCGUACACGGAAGUCUCACCGUUAUUGUUAUUAUCACCACCGCUUCGGAGACGCAGCGCGUAAGUGCCGUCCAGGGUGUAAACACCCCAAAGCCUUUUCAACUCCUACGUCGGGAAACCACAUGGCCAGCCAGUAAUGGCGGCGGCUGUCGCUGGCCAGGUUAUUAGUCGCCUGUUGUAUGUAUUUGACUCCACAACCAAACUUCACUUCUUGGUUGAUACUGGUGCAGAAGUCAGCGUUCUCCCCCGUUCUCUGGAAAAACGCCCCCUGCAACCAGCGGGUCCAAUGCUUACGGCAGCUAAUCAGACUAAAAUCGCGACCUACGGCCAGAAAUUACUUACUUUGAGUCUCGGAUUACGGCGUAACUUCCCUUUCCUUUUUACCAUCGCCGAUGUGCAAAAGCCCAUUAUCGGAAUCGACUUCCUCAGCAAGUUCGGUCUUGUGGUCGACCUACGUUGUGGGAAAUUGCGAGACGAUACUACGUCUUUAAGCAUACCCUGCAAACUUGCCUCAGUCAAUUCUCUCGGGCUUCGCAUCCUCAUCCCUGACGACUCACAGUAUUCUUCAUUGCUCCGACAAUUUCCGUCCCUAAUUCGAGCAAGUAACGACACUUCCGAUCCUAAACACGAUGUACGCCAUCACAUCGUUACAACCGGUCCGCCUGUAACUGCUAAAGCUCGACGCUUGCGUCCUGACAAACUCCAGGCAGCUAAAAAGGAAUUCCAACACAUGCUUGAUCUCGGCAUUAUUCGUCCUUCAAACAGCUGCUGGGCAUCACCUCUCCAUCUGGUGUCUAAAAAGUCAGGCGAUUGGCGACCAUGCGGUGACUACCGUGCUCUUAACAACGUCACUGUUCCGGAUAGGUAUCCUAUCCCACAUAUCCACGAUUUCUCCCUUGGACUAGCUGGAAAGUCAAUCUUUACCAAACUCGAUCUUGUCAGAGCUUACCAUCAAAUUCCAAUGGCGGAGGAAGACAUCGCAAAAACUGCCGUGAUCACUCCAUUCGGCCUUUACGAAUUUCUUCGUAUGCCUUUCGGCCUCCGGAACGCAGCACAGUCUUUCCAACGCUUUAUGGAUCAGGUCCUCCGUGGCCUUGAUUUCGUCUACGUUUACAUUGACGAUGUCUUGAUCGCAAGCGCCACACCCGACGAGCAUUUAUCACACCUCCGAAUGGUUUUCGAACGCUUUGAAAACCACGGGAUAAACAUCAACCCGGAUAAAUGCAAAUUUGGUCAGCCAACCGUCGAAUUUCUCGGUCACAAGAUCGAUGGUGAAGGUAUUAAACCCCUUCCGGAUAAAUCUCAAGCAAUCCUCGACUACCCGAUGCCACAAUCUGUCCGAAGCCUACGCCGAUUCCUCGGUAUGAUCAACUACUACGGCAGAUUCAUUCCCAACUGUGCUGAUUUACUUCACCCGCUUACCGACUUACUGAAAGGAAACUCAAAGACGUUUACGAUAACCCCAGAAGUUGAAGCCGCUUUCACGGCCGUUAAGCAGAAGUUCAGUGAGGUCACCUCUCUCCAUCACUUGAACACCACUGAGGACGCUACACUUGUCCUUAAGACGGAUGCUUCAAGUUCUGCUGUCGGUGCAGUUUUGCAACAGUUAGUUGAUAACGAAUUUCAACCACUGUCUUUUUUCUCACGGAAGCUUCAACCUGCUCAGGUCAGGUACAGCACCUUUGGUCGUGAACUGCUCGCCAUGUACUUGGCUGUGAAACAUUUCCGUCACCUUUUAGAAGGACGUCGUUUCAUUCUCUUGACAGAUCACAAGCCACUGGUGUAUGCCUUCCGUUCUUCCUCAGACCGUUACUCACCCCGAGAAACGCGUCAUCUGGACUAUCUUUCACAGUUUUGUGUUGAUGUUCGUUAUAUCGACGGUCCUAACAACGUUGUUGCCGAUGCAUUGUCCCGCGCUCAUAUGAAUCAACUGUCAUCGACACCCAUCGACUUGGAGAGAAUAGCGGCCGCCCAAAACGAUGAUCCUGAGCUCGUUCAACUUCGUUCAAACUCCUCAUUGAAAGUCACCCAACUGCCCGUACUUAACUCUGACAUAAGAGUUUACUGUGAUCUUUCAACCGGUAAGCCUAGACCCUUUGUCCCACAAUCAUUUCGCCGAACCAUUUUUGAUCAUUUUCACGGUUUUUCACACCCAAGUAUCCGCUCCACCGUAAAACUCAUUACCGACCGCUUCCUCUGGCCCAAUAUGCGUUCAGACAUUAGACAGUGGGCUAAACAUUGCCUUAGUUGCCAAACUAGUAAAGUGCAUCGUCACACAGUCACCACCCCAGGUACCACCCCGCUGCCAAUGGCCUCGUCGAGCGCUUUCAUCGACAAUUAAAAGCUGCCAUCAUGGCUACUUCGUCCGACUCACGCUGGUCUGAGCGUCUACCUGCGAUCCUCCUUGGUAUACGCAAUACAAUCAAAGAGGACAUUGGGUGCUGCCCUGCAGAACUCGUGUUCGGGACGACCCUCAGACUACCUGGGGAGAUGGUACUGGACUCUCGCACCACCGGCGAACUAGACCCCUUCUCGUACGCUGAACGCCUCAAACAGCAUUUUCGAUCCAUUCGACCAACGUCUACGCGGCCUAACCUACGUAAACAGCAAGUCCACCCCGAUUUGCACAAGUGUCCGUUUGUUUUCAUCCGCGUCGACGCCGUCCGAAGACCUUUAACUCCGCCCUACGACGGCCCGUACCAGGUCUUGUCACGGAAACCCAAGUAUUUCGUAUUGAAUAAGAAUGGAUCAAAAGAAUCCGUGAGCAUCGACCGACUCAAGCCAGCUUACGUCGAAACUACAGUCGAUAGUAAAGACCCCGUUUCCUCCCCUCAGCAUACCCCCGCCCCUGACUCAUUACCCCCUACCCAACGACACACUGACGCCAGUACAUUGAGUCCUCCGUGCCCUACGACUACACGCAGCUCCAAACACACACGUUCUGGUCGUGUUGUUUCCUUUCCACAUAAGCUUGCUCAAUACGUUCCGUAGGCACUUGUCGAGCGUUUUCUUAGUGCACGCUCUAGGGGGGAGUACUGUAGCGAUUGUAAAUAAUUUGCUUAUUUUGCAUUUUCACGUUUACCUAUUUCGCUGCAGUUGUUGUACAGCUUUGUUUUAAUUAACUGUAUAUACACACACUUGGUUACGAGCUCGCC